UGGGGCUCUCCAGAUUUAACCAAUCCCAGGGCUAAUGACCCCCACCCGGCCUCCCCGGUAGCCGGUGCUGGCUGUGGGCGGUGUGCCUGACUGCAGGGCUGGACUGUGGACUCUCCGGCUGGUCAGCCCCACACCCAGCCUUGCCUUGGGACACAGCUGUAGCCCCGGGGGACCUGUGCCGCAGUGGCCUCGGGGAGCUGCUCUGGCUACUGGCUGGCAGCCUCAGCUCCCCUGAGCACUGAGCACAUUCUUUUCUCCAACUCCCUGCGGGAGCCAAGGCCAGCGGGCGUGGGUGGCUGAAAUCUCCUCGGUAACAGGGUCUGCCCCCCUCCUGCUCCCUCGCUGGGCCUCCUCCCUUAACCUGCCCCCCACCCCCCACACCUGCUCUCUGGCCCUCGGCCCCUCCCUGCUUGCUCCCUCCUUUCCCGGGCUCCAUGUCACCAUCUGUGGCACAGUCCCUCUCUGUCACUCUCCCUGCCAACCCCUCGUUCUCCUUCCUCCCUCCUCCUCUCUAUCCUGCCUCUCUCUGCAUCUCUCCCUCUCACCCGUGUCUCCUCUCCUCUCUUUCCUCUUCGUCUUCUCCCUGUCACGCGUCUUUCAUCACUCCCCCUCAUUCUGCCUUUCCUCCUACUCACGGUCUCCUCUCCCUCUCUCUCUCUCUCCCCCUCCCUCUUUCUCUCUCUCUCCACCUCCUCCCGACCCCCUUUCCCCUCUAUUUCUAUUGGUUUGUGCGUCCCUUGUUCCCCUUUUCUCUUCUUUACCCUGGGAAGCUUCUCCCCCUCUAUCCUUGCCCCUGCCCCCCCAGGAUGUGUCCUGGAGAUGGGGGGUGACGUACCAGGUGCUGGUUGGGAAGUCAGGGCCGGAGACCAGAUGGGAGAGGCUCUGUGGACAGCCAUGGCCGAGGGCCUGGGAGGGGACCUGAGCCCGCAAGCAGUCUAGAAGUGCGUGCAGCGUGGGGACCCCAGUUAGGAGUGCCCUCCUAACCAAUCCCAGGGCUAAUGACCCUGGGGACUGGGCAGGGAGAGGGGACAGCAGAAUGAUAACCAGCCUGGCGGCAAGGAGGGAAGCCCUCAUCCCAUGGGCAGGCAAAUAGCUGACUGCUGACCAACCUCCCAUCAGCCAUGGACACGCUUCCUCCAUCAUCAUCGGUGUCCACGACCUUAGAACCUGAGAAUGCCUCCUUGGCCUGGCCCCCAGAUGCCACCCUGGGCAACAUGUCGGCGGCCCCAAGCCCCGCAGGGCUGGCUGUCAGUGGCGUUCUGAUCCCCCUGGUCUACCUGGUGGUGUGUGUGGUGGGCCUGCUGGGUAACUCGCUGGUCAUCUAUGUGGUCCUGCGGCACACGGCCAGCCCUUCAGUCACCAACGUCUACAUCCUCAACCUGGCACUGGCUGACGAGCUCUUCAUGCUGGGCCUGCCCUUCCUGGCUGCCCAGAACGCCCUGUCCUACUGGCCCUUCGGCUCCCUCAUGUGCCGCCUGGUCAUGGCAGUGGAUGGCAUCAACCAGUUCACCAGCAUCUUCUGCCUGACCGUCAUGAGCGUGGACCGCUACCUGGCCGUGGUACAUCCCACCCGCUCGGCCCGCUGGCGCACGGCUCCGGUGGCCCGCGUGGUCAGCGCGGCCGUGUGGGUGGCCUCAGCCGUGGUGGUGCUGCCCGUGGUGGUCUUCUCAGGAGUGCCCCGCGGCAUGAGCACCUGCCAUAUGCAGUGGCCCGAGCCGGCAGCGGCCUGGCGAGCCGGCUUCAUCAUCUACACGGCCGCCCUGGGCUUCUUCGGGCCGCUGCUGGUCAUCUGCCUCUGCUACCUGCUCAUCGUGGUGAAGGUGCGCUCAGCCGGGCGCCGGGUGUGGGCGCCCUCGUGCCAGCGGCGACGCUCCGAGCGCAGGGUCACGCGCAUGGUGGUGGCCGUGGUGGCGCUCUUCGUGCUCUGCUGGAUGCCCUUCUACGUGCUCAACAUCGUCAACGUGGUGUGCCCACUGCCCGAGGAGCCUGCCUUCUUUGGGCUCUACUUCCUGGUGGUGGCACUGCCCUACGCCAACAGCUGUGCCAACCCCAUCCUUUAUGGCUUCCUCUCCUACCGCUUCAAGCAGGGCUUCCGCAGGGUCCUGCUGCGGCCCUCCCGCCGCGUGUGCAGCCAGGAGCCCACUGUGGGGCCCCCGGAGAAGACUGAGGAAGAGGAUGAGGAGGAGGAGGAUGGGGAGGAGAGCAGGGAGGGGGGCAAGAGGAAGGAGAUGAACGGCCGGGUCAGCCAGAUCACACAGCCUGGCACCAGUGGACAGGAGCGGCCGCCCAGCAGAGUGGCCAGCAAGGAGCAGCAGCUCCUACCCCAAGAGGCCUCCACGGGGGAGAAGUCCAGCACCAUGCGUAUCAGCUACCUGUAGGGGCCUGGGGAAAGCCGGGGUGGCCCGAGGAAGGGGCAGAAGCCGUGGGUGUGCCUAGGGUGUACUUCCCAAGGUGCCACAGGCCCAUGAUAGGAUGUUGAAGGGCCUGGGCUUUGAUGCUGUUGCUGCCAGGACUUGCUGUGUGACCUCGGGUAGGUUGCUUCCAGUCUCUGGGCCUUGUUUUCUCCUCUGUGACUCAGGGAUAGGAGUCAUCAGCCUGGAUGAGCUAUGUCAGAUGAGAGGUUUGGAGGGCACUACUGCUGGGCUGACCUUGCUGAGCGAGCAAAAGGUGGGUGCAGACUGGCCUCUCCCCGGGGCUGGAGUGUGUGGGGGCAUCAACCUGAAUCUUGACCCUCAGAGGGAUAAACCAAGGCCAGGAUUUCUUGGGCUCAGAGUCAGGGACACAGGAGCUGCUGGGGGCUGGGCUGGAAACCUAAACAGAAGAAAGCCUAACCUGGUGGGAGGCGUGGCGCAGAAAUGAUCAGGCCCCAGAUCAGCUCCCUCCUCUCGACUGUGAAGCCUUGGACCAGCUCUGCUCCUCUCUAGGCCUCAGGCUUCACCCGGGGAAACCCCAACAACCUCCAUGCCCUUCUGGCCCAGGCAGUCAAUGCUGGAGAUCCUGUGCUCCUGGGUGCGGAGAGAACAGGCGAAUUUCCCAGGAAGCGAGUGAAGGCCAGCUUCAGGGUCUCUCACUGCCUGGGCUCUUUCAAGGCCCUGCAUCUACUUUUGUACUUGUCAUUUUGUAUUCGUUUUCUUAAAGAGGGACCUCAAACUGCAUAAGCUUAGGCCACCCAAAGCCUGGCUCCGCCCCUGCUGAGGUCAGCCACCGAAUCCCCAAGGAAGCUCACGUUGGGUCUUACGGCUGGAGUAGGGGCUCCCGGGGGUUCCCAGGUCUUUGAGGGCUUCCAGGCACCUCCUUGUAGGAGGGGCCAUUCCUGUUUCUCUCCUUGUGACCCAUAUUCUUCCCUCCUGGAGACUGAGGCAGAGACCCAGCCCAUGGGGACUGGCAUGGAAAGGCACAGUGUCUGCUGAAGAACGCUGUGAGGAGAAGGAAGAGGCAGGGAGAAGAGGAAGAGGAAGAAGAAGGAAGAGGAAGACAAGGGGGAAAGGGGAGGAUGAGUGGGGGAAGGAGAAGCACAGAUCUGUUUCCUGGAGCAGUCUUUGGCCUCCCUGGGCUGAGCUCAGUGGUAGCAUCUGUGAACCUGAGUUGCCGACAACAGCCCCACCCAACCAGUACUGAGGGAAGGACACGAUCAGGGUGGAACAGCCAGGGUGCAACGGCAAAUGCACAGAGUACAGACGGGCACAGGGCCUGUGUCCCUGAGGGGCCUGAGAGUGCUGCCAAGAAGGGCUCAGGUCUUAAUAAAGCCCUAGGGUGAAGCUGGCUACCAGGGACAUCGGGAGGACCGGGGAGCCCCUGGUGGGUGGGGAGCAGGCCUCCCCAUGCUCUAUCAUCCUGGAGACUACAGGUCGAGAGGCCCAGGAAAGACAAGAAGAGGUUGAAGUGGGACUGUGGAGGGGGACCACGGGGAGUAGCCAUUAUCCAAGGCUGGGCCUAGACUCUGUCCCAGAGAUGGUCCCUCAGAGCUGUGGUGAGGCUGGCCCUGGGAGGGUGGGACCCCCGGUGAAAUCCCUCCACUUCCCCACCCCCUGCAGAGGGCAGGGGUCCUCAGGGAAAGCACAGGAACCAGACUUUUGGAGACUUGGAUCUUCAGCACACCUCAGGGUCCUGGGCUGGCAUGGGCCUUCCGGGCCUCAAUUUCCCCAUCAACAAAUGGAGAUGAAUCACAGCUUGGCUGCCUCCUGGGAUCUAACAAGAAAAUGAGUCAUGUGAGGUAACUUCCAGGCUCACUGCAACGGGUAGGGUGGGGUGUAUCAGAUUAUAAAGUGGGAGUACCCUCCUCACCCCCAGGCUUGGCCUAUACCCCCCUCUCCUUCAUCAAGUGGCCAGUCUGUGUCUGUCCUUUGGGGUGGUGACACUGUAGGCCAUGAGAAAUGGGCAGUCUGGGGGUCAGAGGCCAAGGGUCAGGGAGGCAGGGCUUGGGGAGAGAGUGAGACCCUCAGAGGAGAAGGAAGUUUAUAAAACCACAUUUUGUGUGGAGAUGGAGGCUGGAGGCCCAGCCCUGGGACUUGGUCUGGGGUUCCUUGAGGAAGAUCUGAGGGUCUGAGAGAGGAAGGAUGCCCUGGCCUUCCGGCCUUCUCUGGCUGAUCCUGCCUUCUUGCUGCCUAAGACAGGAGAGCAAUGUCCUAGAAGGGUCCCCGGGAGGCCAGUUAGGAAACCCUUUGCUGCUUCUGUCUCUAGCUCUUGUCAAUAAAGAUGGUGACAUCUGAUAACA